GGGUGUAGCAAGAUGGCGGCUUCCACAGCAGACUGCAAGGCUGGUAAACCGCUUCUGAGACUCUUGGCGCUGCACGGCUACUGGCAGAAUGAGCGCUUGUUCUGGGAGAGGACGGGAUCCCUGAGGAAGAAUCUGAAGAACCGGGCAGAGCUUGUCAUGUUCAGCGCUCCUCUGUUGAUCCCAGAGCCGGGAGACCUAAAUACUUUUUUCUCUAUAGGUGUUAACGCCAAUGAAGGGGGAGAAGAUCCCAGGGCCUGGUGGUUCUCAGAUCCUAAGCAGAGCAGCUUUAAUGCUAUGGAUGAAACUACAACCUGCGCAGGGUUGGAGGAAUCGCUGCAAGCUGUGACUAAAGCCUUUUCUGAACUUGGGCCCUUCAAUGGAAUAUUGGGUUUCAGCCAAGGAGCUGCUCUAGUGGCCAUGAUAUGUGCAUUAAAACAACGCGGAGACCCUCGUUUCCAGUUUGACUUUGCUAUCCUAGUUGCUGGAUUCAAAAGUCGUGCUACUGAACAUGCAGAAUUUUACCAGCAGCCCAUCACCGUUCCAUCUCUUCAUGUUUACGGCGACACUGACCGUGUUAUCCCAGGAGAAAUGAGCCAAGAACUAGCUUCCUAUUUUGUAAAUCCAGUCCUACUUACACAUACAGGAGGCCAUUACAUACCUGUGUGUGCAGCACAGAAAAAGGUUUAUUUCCCAUUCUUGGACUCUUUCCGUAAAUAA